ACUGUUGCGGUGGAGACGUAAAGAGAGUAUCGGAUUUAUGCUACAAUAUGACAAAGACGGAAGAUGUACUGGUGGAUGUUCCACUACGCUGUGAAAACGGUGGAACAAAAAUUCAAUCUCCACAGCAGGUUGCGAGCGGUGAUCAGCUAGACGACGGUGAGUCAGAGACAAUAGAUGAACUUGUGCAAGAAGAGUGCGCAUGCCCACCAGAAUUCACUGGACGCUGUUGUCAAAAACGAAAAGAAAUACCGGACUGUCCUUACAAUCCACGGGAACCUCGAGUACAUUUAUGGAAUCCUUUUUCAGACGGCUGUACUGAUGACCAAGACUGUCAGGGAAACAAAACAUGUUGUAGAAACUAUUUCGAUAAUUUUCCUGUGUGUAUAGAUCCGGAACCGAAAGAUCCUUGUAAGGGGGUAGAAUGCGGACCGAAACGCGCAUGCAAGCCUUCUGAAAUCGGUCACCAUUUCGUCUCACCGUAUCUACACAGUGUUGCAUUUGAAUGUGGUCCUUUAGAGAGACCGGGUAUGUGUCCCCCAUUGUACGACGAUAUUGCAGCGAUUUGCAGUAAUGAUCCAAACCCUUGCCGCAACGAUUCGCGGUGCAAUGUUGGCGAAAAGUGUUGCAGUUCAUAUUGCUAUCCCGCGUGUACUAAAUCUUUGCCUGAAGUGGCCGAUCCGUGUGCUGCUGGAAUAUGCAGAAAAGGCUACGACUGUGAUGUAGAAAAGGGUGGAGUCAUUUGCAAGGCACCUCCGUUCGAUUACUGGCUGGUCAACUAGAUUUGCUGUGAAAAAUUACAUUAGUAGGAAUUCCCACGUGUCUGAUUGUUCAAUUUGUUGUAAAGAACAAGCAAGUUUAAUAAGAGCAUGUAGUUUUACUUAUUUAGUAUCAUCAAGCAAUUCGCGUACAUUCUAGACACUAGGCCUUU